CGGCAACAGGACAGGAUUCAAAACACUGUCGCCAACCAAAAGCAGCCCUGAAACCAGACUUUACCACAACAUGAGUUCCUGUGGCUCCUCUUCAGGCUGUGCGUUCGACUGUACAGGGAGAAGCUGUGACAGUGUAGGGAAUUUGCGGAGUUUGAUCUCACAGAGCCAUCUCAGAGUGACAGACCUGCAGAGAGAGACUGAACAGGAGAUUAUACGUGUGAGACAACAGCUGAGAUCAGUACGGCUACAGCAGAAAAUCCUGACCUGUGAACUACCAAGUCAAGAUAUUCUGCAGACUGAGGCUGAACACUUACCACAAAGAGCCGUAAACACAGAGACCUGUAACUGCUUCUCAGGCAAUAAGUGUGAGCUGCCUCGGUGCAUUGUGGGUAAAGCGGCCCACUUCGAGCGCCUGCGUUUUCGAGAGCAAGCCCUGGUCACACUGCUGAGCAUGCUGGGAGAAGACAUCCAGAGGUACAGACAGGAAAGCACGAGACUGGACCACCUGACAGAGAAGCUGACCAACGGCAUGCCAGGGAAGAGUCAGCUGGACACUAGCAUGGGAACAGACAGCAAAGACUCUUUGCACAUCUUGGAGCACUCUGACGAACUGUUAAACAGACACAUCGAGGAACACACCAACAUGGAUGACGAGGAGAAGAACUGGAGAGCCAAUAAGAAAGCCUCGCUGGCGAAGGGGACAAAUCUGACACGCUCGGGAAGCGUGAAAGACCUCAUUCACAAGUUCUCAGUUUCUGACGGCGAUGUGCUAACCGCACCCAACGGCAGCCCGACACUCGUGGUCAAAAACAACUCUGCUCAAGUAAAUGCCGGAGUGGAAAACAUGACAGAAAGACAAACCCAAAGUCCUGUUCCUGAUGUAACAGUGACGCCCCCUUCUGGACAAUCAGAGAAAUCCGGAAAUGCAGGCUCGGUCCUUCUGCUUAAUGGCCCGGAUUUUGAAUACGACAGAGAAAAGGACAGACCUCCAUCCGUGGACGAACCGACUACCCCAAGAAUUAUCCCUUUGAAUCCAAAAUACCAGCUAUACCUGGGAGCGGAUCGGAUUGGGAACGGUGCCAGUGGACCGGGUGGACCCAUGGGCACUGGACUGAAUGGAACCAUCUCUAAAACAUCUAUAACCCGCCGGUCAAUGGAGUCUUUGGCAUUCCGAGACUUUGAUAGCAGUUUGGACAAGGUUGAGAGUCCUGCCAGAGUUUUUAACAGCCCCUACUCAACCGUCUCCGUAGAGUACAACCCUGUGAGCAGAAUGUCUGAGUACAAGGUUUCUGAAAGGUUGUCUCCAGCCACAUCCGAGAUUAAUUUGUUCGGUCUGAACCGUAGCACGAGCCCUGUGUCCAUGCCCACUCUGCAGGCCCCUCGCUCACGUUUCUCCGCCUACGAUACACUCACCAGAAGACGAGAGCAGCAGCAGGCUCCUCCAACUCAACUCCUUAUGAGGAACAACUUACCUAACAAGCGGGAUUACAUUGAGGAAUUGACCAAACAGCUGGAAAACUGUCAGAAAAGGAACCAGUUUCUGGAGGCUGAAAGUAUUGAGCUGGAGAAAGAGAGGACCCAGAUCCGUUUUGAAAUGCGAGGUCUGCUGGUGAACAACGAGGACCUGCUGCGGAUGAACACUCAGCUGCAGGGGGAGAUGAACAGGAUGAGGGAAAGGAUCGUGGAGCUGGAGAGCAACAACAAUGUCAUGGUGGAGCGCUUUAAACAGAUGGAGGUGGAGCUAAAAGAGGCUCGAGAGGUGAUGGUGGAAGCAAAUACUCAGGAAUAUGCCUUCAACUUCCUGCAGCAGUCGCUCAAGAACAAAAUACAGGAUGCUGAGGAGGCUCUAGAGAAGCAGACACUGCAUGCGCAGACACUGUCAGAGAAACUGUGGCUGGCAGAGAGGAAUCUGGAGGAGCUGGAGCUGGAGAAAGACACUAAGGGAAAGAAAGCAAUGGAGCUUGGCACUACUCUAAACAAACUGGAAACAGAGCUCGCAGAAGCUCUGCAGCAGGCAGCCCAGGCCAACACAGAGCUGGGCCUGCAGCAGAAGCUGAGGAUGGAUGCUCAGCUGAGGGUGGAGGAGCUGGAGGAGAGUGUGCUGGAGAAGGACCAGGAGGUGCUCCGCCUCCAGCAGAUUGUUAACCGCCUGCAAGGAGAGGUGUCUGAUAAGCUGCUGGAAAAGGAGCACAGUCUGGAGGAGGAGAUUCAGCUGAGGGAGAAAAUGCAGCUGCAGUGGAAACAGGCUGAGAGAACAGUGGAGGACCUACAGAUGGAGCUGCAGACCGUCACACAGGCCAGAGACGACCUGACCAAACAGGUCAAACAAGCCCAGGAAAAACUGAUUGAUCUGGAGACAGAUGUGGAGGAGAUGCAGGAGAAUGAGCAGAGAUGGGCCAGCAAGAACAAGAAAGUACUAGAACAGUGCGAACAGCUGCAGCUGAAACUGAUUCAGGAGAAAGAUCUUAACGACAAGUUGGAGUGUGAGAAAGUCAUCCUGGAGAGACAGAUCCGAGAGCUGAACAGUGAGAUUGAAGAGAUGCAGAAUAACAAAGUUCAUGAACAUGUGAUCACGAAAGCAGAGACCAGAGCUAAAGAGCUGGAGAACGCACUCAGAGCUGAGGAGAGGAGUAAAGUGGCACUAAACAACACCAUCAGUAAGCUGGAGAGGAAGAUCAGCGAGCUGACUGAACAGCUGGAUGAGGAGCACAGGAUCUCCAACGAGCACAAAGAUCUGAUGACUCAGCGAAUGCGUUCCCUGAAGAGGCAGCUGAACGAGGCAGAGGAGCAGACAAGUCGCAGAGAGAGUCAGUACCGACACACACAGAGAGAGCUGACCGAGGAGAGAGAGGCCAGUGCUCGCUUACAGAAACAACUACUGGACAUUCAGCUGCUGAUGAAGCGGAAGGACUCAAUGAUGGUGAGGCAGACUCUGGAUAACCUCAAACUGGACCUGAGUGUGGACGAAGAGGAUGAGCCUGAACCCACACAGACCAGCUCAGUCCAGAACUGAGAUCAGUAGAGACUUUUUAGCCUAGAACCAAUGAAUGUACGACAGCCGGCUUCAGCUUACUCCAGGAAGCCCACGGAGACUCUGUGGAAAUACAGACUGCAGUAAAUUUACAGGAUACAGGAUACUAAAAUUGAUGGAGAUUCUUUUCCAAAGAAAAAAAAACAGAAUACUGUUGCCCACAUAAGCCUGGAGAACACCUGAAAAACACCACUUCAGAAACCCAUUAGAGACCCUAACCACUGUCACACCAGAGUGUUUAUGACAUUUUUAAAAAAGCAAGGUCUUUUUUAUUUGCCAGGAUGUGCAUGUAGCAAUCUUUUGGGGUGACAGAUUGGGUUCACUUGGGGGAUUAUUAUUAUUUUUAUACAUACAUAUAUAAUAGACUUUUAAAUGUACAGUGUUUGAAGUACAAAUAAGCUUACUUGGUACAGAUAAUGUCAACUCAAAGGUUUUUAUGCAGGUGGAAGGUAAAAUAUUUCUCUUACACUUACCAUAUACUGUAUGCAUGCUGUGCUGUCUUUUAAAACAUGCAGCAUUUAGUGGUUUUAAAUCAUAUUUAAUUUUCUUUUUUAGUUUCUUUUCUUCCCAUUCCAUUCCUUCCUGGAGGUGUACAUGCUGUGAGAGUAAAGUAAUGUAAAUAAUGAUUUGCUAUCGAUAUAAUGAACAGAUUUGUGUUGUUUUAGGACAUAAUGUGAGGCUAGCAUGCUAAUGCUGGAAGCUAAACUGAGGUGGUUGAAAAGACUGUUUUAUAAAUGGUUUUGGGGUCUUUAAGCUAUUUAUUGUACUAAAUUUAGAACGUAAGUUGAGAAUGAAUGUAAUACUGUGCAGAGUUUAUUGUUGGUGUCAUGUCAUUUUGAGCGGUCAUUAAACACCACACAGAAAUGUCAACGUUA